GAAAAAGAAGCAGAGUGACACCUCUUCACUGUCGAUGAAGCACCUGGUCAACCAGCCAGGUAACUUCUUCUUCUUCUUGCUACACUUAACGAGAAACAACCCAAAGUAGAGAGCUUUUAGACACAGUUACGGCUUGUUUCGGUGAUGUGAACGGACUCAAAACAGAGAAAUCAACCAAAAAUGACUUUUAGCAGCUGGAAGAAGCUUUGCUAACAGUCAGACUCUUGAUAGUACGUCAGGUAUCGACUAAAAAGAGAGAAAAUAGAAUUUAAAAAAUGUCUGUCCUAGGUUCAUUUUCACCUGAAGAGACACAAAUACCAGGAAGUAAAAAGCCAGAAGAGAGAGACAGCAUAGAGGAAAGACAGGAGGUCACAGACGAGGAAGAAGAAGAAGAGGAAUCAAAGAAGAAGGAGGAGGAAGAAGAAGAGGUGACCAGCUCUGCUCAUCUGGAGCCGAGCACUCUGCCAUGGCCCGGAGACAAAGACAAGAGGCCUCAGACGGACAACGACGAUGGAGUCUGGUCAGAAAAAGGAGUUUCUGAGCCUGAAGAGAGGGACACGGGGAUCAGCGGAGGAAGCCAGGACUUGUCGGAGGAGCGGAGCCAGGAAGAGAGCGACAGAAAGAGCAAGUGGAGGGAAAGCAUGCCUGAGGGCGAUAAGUGGAGGGACGAUGAGAUGGAGGUGCAGCGGAACAAUAAAGGGGACGGAUCACUGGCAGACGAUGAAGAUGAGGGGGAGGAGGAGGAGGAAGAAGAAGUGUCAAAUUGGAUCUCAGAGAAAGACGCUCUGGGUUUCACUCCAAAAGUCACGAUCGUGCGUCCGUCCAGCAAAGAGCUUCCUGAGGAGAGCAGGCUGUUCAUAGAGAAGGACUACGAGAAGGAGCCGCAGACGGAGCCCGACUCAGCAGGACAGUUCUAUCCAGACUGGACAGAGCCGGACGACAACAAGUACUACCUGUGUGAGCGUCUGUGCAGCGAAAAACUGAGGCUGUCUCUGGCGACGGCGGCCGCAGUGCUCCUCUUCCCUCUCCUGGUGUGGGGAGGUUACGCCCUCCUUCCCUUUGACUCACCUCUGCUGCACAGCACGCCCCUCAGGGUGGUGUACACUCUACGCUGCUCCUUCUUCGCCAUCAUCCCCAUCCUGCUCGGUGUGGUGGUGCAGGGCGUGGCCCGGCUUCGCUACAGCGUCCUGAAGCCCCUCUAUCAGAGUGAACUGGUACACAGAGAGGUGGCAGUGCACUGGCACUACGUCAACGAAUCGCUGUCCCUCUUCCUCUUCUUCUUCCUGCAGCUCGCUGUCAUGGCAACCUACAUCGACCAGGAUCUGGUCAAACUGGUACCGCUGCUCACCAUCGUAUUUGUUUUCGGCAGGCUGAUCUACUGGCUCUGCCUCUCUCUGGACAGCAGCAUCAGGGGCCUCGGUUUCGGCUUCUCCUUCUUCCCCAUACUGGUCAUGCUGGGCGUCAACCUGUACUACGUCUGCUCUUCACUCGGACAAGGGGCGAUAUUUGACGUGGAACCUCCCACGACGGCUCCUCCCAAGCAGCGCUGGUGGGGUUAAAAGGCCGCCGUCCAAAAAAGGCGACGAGGAGUUAAGAGACACAACUGUAAACACGCCUUUUUUAGUAUCAUGAUGACACAGCAACACUCAGACAACUUGUCUCGUUCUUUUGGUGUCCUGUAGAGUUGUAAUCCUUCAGAUUUCAGUUCUGGUUGAUUUGGACAACACCUGUGGUUACCAUGGUAACAGCAAGUGCGGUUUAAUACUACAACAAACUCUCCUUGAGCAUCCAUCCUUCAAACCAUUAUCUGUAACCGCUUAUCCCACUCGGGGUCGCGGAGGGGCGCUGAAGCCGACAUUGGGCGCAGUUGGUGUGCACCCUGAACAGGUCGCCAGACUAUCACAGGGCUGUCACAUAGAGACAUCUCAUUGAGAAGAUUUUUUAAAAUUAAAUUAAUAAUGAUCCGCUGUCAAAACAACUCAAAAGUGACCUCUGUCUUGUUUUGUAGACACAUUUUGGUCGCAAUAAAAGCCACGCAUUCUCCAGUUGAAUGCUUUUAAUGUGAAGGGGCAGAAGGAAAUGUUUCUGUUGACAUCAACAGUGAGGCUGCUUGCACUGGAUUACAUGCAUUCAUCGUUUCCUUUGAAUCCAUUAUGCUUAUGAAGGCAAUCGAGAAUGGCAGAUCCCGCCACUACCUAUAAAAACAUAGAUAGUAUAAAAAAUGAUGAUUUCAUAAAAAUCUCAAGGAUUAGAACUUGUAGUGUUUUUUAUAAAUUUGUUGGCUUUUGUUAAAGAAAUCAAACACAAGAAGCAGGUUGUGGGAUAAUUUGUAGCUUGAAUAUAUGUAUAAAAAAAUGAAGAAAUCCAAAAACAACCUAGUUACGAGAGGAAGUUGAAAAGUUUACAUACAAUAAAAAAGCUCUCAUGUGCAUGCAAAUUAAAAAAAGACAUGUGGUCUGACAAAGGGCUAUUUUUUACAGUGUGUUUACUAACUCUUCAAUCAUAAAUCUUUAAGCAGUCUGAACCUUUUCGUCUUGAGCUGAUGAAAUCAGCGUUUUUAAGGCGAGACGAGUUUCACUUCACGGCAUCCAGUGUUUGGAGGUGAUUCAGCAAAAUGAAGACAGAAAUGUAAGAUAUGAAAGCUGAAAAGUGACAGUUAGAAGCACAGAAUCAAGUGAGUUGGACAUCAAAAGUAAAAAUUUAAGGGCACUAUAAGAUUUCUUUUUUUUAUAUGAGAUUGAAUUUUCUAACGGUAAUCUUUAAACUUUGUUUUUAUAAGUGAGACAGUUAAAUGCAUCUUUGUUUUAUUGAUCAAAGGCUUUUCUUUGUUUAUAGCAGCAUAAAUUGUUGGUCUAUUUUUGGAUAGUCUCUUUUCUUUCUUUUGAAGGAACUUUUUUCAGUGUAUGAGAGAAGUAUUUAAAGCAAUAUUUGGGACUUUGAAUGAGUUCAAUAAAGCAAUAACAAAUAUGAUACUCAA